UUAUAUAUUCUCUAAAUGAAGGUUCCAACUAUGUACAUUCGACUAAUACAAGGCUAUCAUGCCAUGGAUCCAGAGCUGCAAGCCGCUUCUGCAUCUGGUGCAAGGAAUUUGCGUCUAAUGAUGAGUGGAUCCUCUUCGCUUCCUCAACCUGUUUUGCAAGAAUGGGAAUCCAUCACUGGACAUCGCUUAUUGGAGCGCUAUGGCAUGACUGAAUUUAUCAUUGCGCUGUUAAAUCCUUUGAAAGGUGAGCGUAAAGCAGGCACCGUUGGCAAACCGUUACCUGGUGUGCAGGUCAAGAUUCUUGCAGACGAGGAGCAUGAGAGUGGGGAAUCGGAGGGUGGCGAGCUUUGCGUUAAAAGCCCUUCAUUGUUUAAAGAAUAUUAUAAUCUUCCCGAGAAAAUGAAGGAAUCGUUUACAGAUGACGGAUUCUUUAAGACCGGAGAUGUUGUCACUACAGAUAAAGACGGAUAUUUCAUCAUUUUAGGACGAAAGAACGCGGAUAUAAUCAAGAACGGUGGCUAUAAGCUGUCUGCAUUAGAAAUUGAAUCAGUAAUAGUAGAGCAUCCAGCAGUUUCGGAAUGUUGUGUUUUGGGAAUACCGGACAAAGUCUACGGAGAAAUUGUUUGUGCAAUCAUCGUGCCAGCCGCAAAGAGCGAAGAAGAGUCGAAGCUUGCUCUAAGCCUAGUAGAGUUAUCCACUUGGGCCAAAACUAAACUUGCACCUUACAAGAUACCAACUCGACUUAUCGUGUGGGAGUCACUCCCUCGCAAUGCAAUGGGGAAGGUAAACAAAAAAGACCUGAAGAAGUUGGUGACUUCAGAAUGAGCAUUAUUUACUGGACAAAGUCAAUUUUUCGAGAUCAGUUUCACGAUGAUGAUUCAAUGUAGUUUUAUCUAUCUAGACCUAUAUAUUAUUAAAUCUAUGGAGUAUUGCUGUCAACUAUUGACACAAAUUCUGGUGUGUUGAACCCGAGAUCUAUGUGCCAUUACAAUCUCCUUGUCAUUAGGAAUCAAAUUCGGUAUUCUGAAGUUUGAGAUCUCAA